CCUCACUUGGCUCUCGCUCUCCGGUCGGGAAGCAUGGGGCUGCCCUGGCUCGUCUGCGUCUUCUUGCUGGCCGCCGCCUGCUGCUGUCGCCGCGUCGCGGGUGUGCCCGGAGAGGCGGAGCAGCCUGUGCAGGAGCUGGUAGAGGUGGAGGUGGGCGGCACAGCGGUCCUGAAGUGCGGCCCCGCCCACUCCCAGGACAACUUCAGCCACGCAGAUUGGUUUUCCGUCCACAAGGAGAAGCCGACACUCAUCUUCCGCGUGCGCCAAGGCCAGGGCCAGGGCGAGCCCGGCGAGUACCAGCAGCGGCUGAGCCUGCAGGGCCGAGGGGCCGCCCUGGUUCUGACUCACGUCACCCCCCACGACGAGCGCAUCUUCCUGUGCCAGGGCAGGCGGCCUCAGUCCCAGGAGCACCGCGUCCAGCUGCGCGUCUACAAGGCUCCAGAGGAGCCCACCAUCCAGGUCAACGCCCUGGGCAUCUCUGUGGACAGUGAGGAGCCUGCGGAGGUGGCCACCUGCGUGGGGAAGAAUGGGUACCCUGCUCCCCAAGUCAGGUGGUACAAGAACAGGCGGCCCCUGCAGGAGGAGAAGAACCAGGUGCAUAUUCAGUCGUCGCAGACCGUGGAGUCCAGCGGUCUGUACACCCUGAAGAGUGUUCUGAAGGCACGGCUGCUUAAGGAAGACAAGGACGCCCAGUUCUACUGUGAACUCAGCUACCGGCUGCCCAGUGGGAACCACAUGAAGGAAUCCAGGGAGGUCACCGUCCCCGUGUUCUACUCCGCAGAAAAGGUGUGGUUGGAAGUGGAGCCCGUGGGGGCGCUGAAGGAAGGGGACCGCGUGGAAAUCAGGUGUUUGUCGGAUGGCAACCCCCAACCCCACUUCAGCAUCAACAAGCAGAACCCUGGAACCAGCGAGAUGGAGGAGGAGGCCACCACGGACAAUGGCAUCCUGGUCUUGGAGUCAGCCCAGAAGGAGCACAGCGGGCUCUACGAGUGUCAGGGGCUCGACUUGGAAACCAUGAUCUCGCUGUCCAGUGAACGCCACGAGCUACUGGUGAACUAUGUGUCCGAUGUGCGAGUGACUCCUGCAGCCCCCGAGAGCCAGGAGGGCAGCAGCCUCAGCCUGACCUGCGAGGCAGACAGCAGCCAGGCCCUGGAGUUCCAGUGGCUGAGAGAGAAGACAGGCCAGGAACUGGGAAGGGGGCCUAAGCUGCAGUUACCCAACCUGAGACGGGAGGCAGGGGGUGGCUACCGCUGCGUGGCAUCGGUGCCCAGCAUCCCCGGCCUGAACCGCACGCGGCUGGUCAACGUGGCUGUUUUUGGCCCCCCAUGGAUGGCAUCAAAGGAGACGAAGGUGUGGGUGAAAGAGAACGCCGUGCUGAAUGUGUCUUGUGAGGCGUCAGGCCACCCGCGGCCCACCAUCUCCUGGAACACCAACGGCAUGGCAAGCGAGCAGAGCCAAGAUCCGCAGAGCGUCCUGAGCACCCUGACUGUCCUUGUGAGCCCGGAGCUGCUGGCCGCGGGCGCUGUCCAGUGCACAGCCUCCAACUCCCUGGGCAGGAACACCACCACCAUCCUCCUGGAGCUGGUCAGUUUAACCACCCUCACACCAGAGUCCAGCCCGACCACUGGCCUCAGCACCUCCACUGCCAGCCCUCAUGCCAGAGCCAACGGCACCUCCACAGAGAAAAAGCUGCCGGAGCCCGAGAGCCAGGGCGUGGUCAUCGUGGCGGUGAGCGUGUGCAUCCUGGUCCUGGCCGUGCUGGGCGCUGUCCUGUAUUUCUUCUACAAGAAGGGCAAGCUGCCGUGUGGGCGGUCAGGCAAGCAGGAGAUCACGCUGCCCCCGUCUCGUAAGGGCGAACUUGUAGUUGAAGUUCAGUCAGAUAAGCUCCCCGAAGAGAUGGGCCUCCUGCAGGGCCGCAGCGGUGACAAGAGGGCUCCAGGAGACCAGGGAGAGAAAUACAUCGAUCUGAGGCAUUAGCCACCGAAUCACCGUCAGCGCCCUUCCCGCCUGGACCGGCGCCAGCUCCCUGUCACUCUCUCCCGAGGGACACCAGAGAAGACCCCUGCACCAGCUCACCUGCAGACCCCACUUCAGGGGCCGCGGCCAGGACACGACUGUGCUGAGAAGCCCCUCCUGGCCUGGAGGCCCCCUUUUGGGAGCACCCGGCUACCAUCUCUAUUUGCCCAGUGAAGCUCACCUGUUCCAGCCGUCAACGCCCACCUUAUGCCGGCAGCCCCUCUCUGAGCCAGUUUCUCGCUCCCAUGCUGGAUGCCCCAGCACUUCAGCUGGGCCGUUUCAGUGAGCCCGGUUCUGGAGCCCACCAGCUGUGCGCUGGCCACACUGGCUCCGGAGAGGGCCCGAGCAGCACCCAGCAGCAGCUGCAGGAUAGCUGCCACCUGCCUGCCUGCGUCUCUGGGGGCCUCAGGACACUUUUGCUUUGGGCAGAGCCCGGGGGGCUGGUUUCAUUCCGGUAGCAAAUCUAGGCAUCGUUUCCAAGGCCUGAGGCCCUGUCUACAUUUGGCUCCCAGUCCCUCCAGGGAUCAUGGAAGGCCAGGAUGGGAGGUAGGGGAUGAGCUGAUGGGCCCAGGGCUGAGGAGGAGGGCCCAAGUGGGAGAAUGGUGCUUAGGAGGAGCACCAGGGGCCUGGCUAGAGCUUUGGGGUGUGUGUGUGAGUGUGUGCGCACGUUUGCGUAUAUACAUAUACAUAUAUAUAUAUAUGGUUUUGUCAGGUUCUGUGUAAAUUUGCAAUUUCCUUUUUAUAUUAUAUAUAUAUAUAUAUAUAUAUAUAUAUGAGAAAAAUAAAGCUUAAUUA